AUGGCCGAAUUCCCCCCGCCCGCGCUCAAGGCGGCUGCGGAAGACGUGGCUGAUUUGCUGCGGCAACGCAAGGAAACCAUCUCUGUGGCGGAGACCGCAGCUGGCGGCCUCGUGUCGGCGGCGUUGCUGUCCACCCCAGGGGCGUCUAGGAUUUACAAAGGCGGACUGACCCUGUACACGCUUGAGUCGAGAAUUGCAUUCGCGGGUUGGACCCAAGCAAACAUCGACAACUAUGAAGGGCCAACCCCCCAACUUGUGGCGGGACUAGCAACCCAUGUGCGCCAGACGCUGAAGUCCACUUACUGUGUUGGAGAGAGUGGUACCGCAGGACCAACGGCUAGCGGCCAGACUCUCAACCGGCAACCGGGCUACGUCGCACUGGCAGUGGUAGGAGAGAACGGUGCCAUGAGCAAGGACAUGGAAACUAGUUGUGGAAGUGAUCGACAGGCCAACAUGGUGGCUUUCGCAGUUGAGGCGCUCAACCUGGUCAAAGAGUACAUAUCCACAAACGGCAAUCCCAGUGAGAAGAUGUGA